AUGUCGAGAGAACACCUGUCUCAUCAUUACGAAGAACUAAAAUCUGAUUCAGAUGGCCCUGGCCCGGAGGUAGCAUAUGAACAACCAAGCUCACCGACUGUGCACAAGCAUGGAAGUGAUAUUGAAGCUGGUCUGCUGAAGCAGAAAGAGAACGGCAGUCAAAACACCUCCGGAUUGAACAGAGCACUGCAGUCAUUGAGGUGGAAGCGGCAACCUACAAUUCACGGACAGGACGCCGCGGAGAAGACGGACACCACCCAGAAACUUCCAGAGUAUACCGAAGAGGCCAGGAAAUUGGUCCGGUCGUUCACGCAGAGAAACUUCGGCUCGGAGCAAGCCCAAGCUAGGUCUGGCACUGAAACACCUGCCUUGGACAAGUACGUUCAUGAUCUCGAUUACGUUCCCGCGCCAGAGCAAUACAAACCGAGCAUUUUUGGAGCACUCUUGACCUCGAAGCUCAACUCGCUCGAUGAAGCGCCACCCUCACGGGACUAUUACUCUUCAUACGAGCCGAAGCACACGCGCGCAAGGUCUCACGACAGACUCUCCUCCGGCACAGCAACUCCGACUCGCAAGAUUCAUUGGUACGAUAAGUCACAAAGUAACUCUGUGACGAAUCUGCUCGCUCAAUCAGCCCUGUCUUCAACUAGCACCGGUGUCCCUGCAACACUUCGUGCACUACCCCGACCUCAGAUACCGAGACCGAAGUCGACGGCUAGCAUCGAUACUAAUGACGAGAUCGUCGCUGAGGUUUCCGACAUCAUUGCCCGGCGCAAGUACCUGACGAAGCUAUGUGCUGCUCUGAUGAAAUAUGGCGCUCCAACCCACAGACUGGAAGAGUACCUUGCAGCAUCAGCUCGCUCACUAGCCAUCGACGCCGACUUUGUUUACGUCCCCGGCGCAAUGAUCUGUACGUUCAUCGACCACACAAUCUAUGCAAACAAUGUUGAGAUCGUGCGAAGAAAUGCCGGUCUAGACUUCGGCCGGCUCAAGGACGUGUUCAACGUGUACAAAUGCGUCAUUCACAAGAAGUUCACUGCUCAGGAAGCGAUUCUUGAAAUUGACAACAUUCAGACCCGGCCAGAUCGCCACAACCAGUAUUUCCGGAUCCUCAUGUUCGGCCUGGCAUCGGUGGUGGUCGGGCCAUUUUCCUUUAACGUUCGCCCUAUCGACUUCGGGCCUAUAUUCCUAAUGAGCGGCAUCCUUGGAUUCCUUCAGAUCAAAGUUGUACCAAGAUCAGAGCAAUUCUCGAACGUCUUCGAGGUUUUUGCUUGCGUGUUGAUCGCAUUUGCCUCGAGGGCAUUGGGUUCCAUCAAGGGCAGCGACGGGACCUACAUCUUCUGCUUCUCUGGCAUGGCUCAAAGCAGCAUAGCCAUGAUCCUUCCUGGCUUCAUGGUGCUGAACUCAGCACUAGAGUUGCAGAGCAAGAACAUGGUCUCCGGGUCCGUGAGAAUGGUCUAUUCGAUCAUCUAUGUUUUGUUCCUCGGUUUCGGACUCCUCGUUGGCACCACCAUCUUUGGUCUGAUCAAGCGAGAUGCCGUCGACGAAGUCAGCUGUUCGGUGCCCGACUGGUUCGCACCCGCUGCUAACUACAAGCUGCUGUAUACCCGUUUCAUCUGGGCACCACUCUUCGCAUGUUGCCUUGCCAAGGUCUACAACGCCAAAUGGAAGCAAUUGCCAGUAAUGGCACUGAUUGCAGUUGCCGGGCACCAAGCCAACUUCUGGAUCUCGACCCAGUUGUCCAGCAAUCUACAGGUUGCUAACGCAAUUGGUGCGUUCGUCAUUGGCUGUUUAGCCAACCUCUAUUCGCGCCUUUUCCACGGCCUAGCCGCUGCUGCCAUGCUGCCAGCGAUCUACUGUCAGGUGCCAGGAGGCCUCGCUGCUUCAGGCUCGCUGGUAGCAGGCAUCGACUCUGCCAAUCAGAUUUUUGGGAACAGCUCCUCUGUCAGCAUCAUCAACAACGGAACGCAGGGCUUCGUCGCGGCCCAGCAAGACCCCAAUAGCGUAUACGGAGGGACCAUAUUCAACAUCGGCUAUGGUAUGGUCCAAGUUUCCAUCGGCAUUUCCGUUGGCUUGUACCUGAGUGCGCUCGUCAUCUACCCUCUCGGCAAGCGGCGAAGCGGGCUCUUCAGCUUCUAA